AUGCGCCUAGAUACGCUCGCAUAUACUAUUACGCACACUACGCAACCGAAGCCGACCAUGUCAUUGGAUACCUCGAUCCCGGGUACGGGAGUCUUCUCGGUGGUACCCGCACCCAAGAAACCCAAGCGGACUAGGGCGAGCGCAUCAAAGGUCAGGACCGGAUGUCUAACAUGGUUUGUGACAACACUGAUGCCACUUUCUCCAGCAGCUAACAAAUAUUCCGUUCUCAGAGCCCGACAUGUAAAGUGCGAUGAAGCGAAGCCGUUCUGUAAGCGGUGUAGCAAGGACAAACACAAGUGCGAUGGAUAUCCGACCUCGCUCCCGAGCAAACGGCCGAGCCCAGCAUCAUCAUGCUCGACCCGCUCGAUCCCACCAUCUCGGCGGCGAUUUAUCAACUCAGUAAUGCAGCUAUCGCCUCCUGUAGAUUGGGACGUCUCCGGUACAACCCUCGAGAGGUUGAUGUUCCACCACGUCAACCGAUGUACUGUCCCGGAUUUCGGAACCGCCACACCUCUCGCCAAGUUAUGGAGCAACUACAUCCUGCCACUGGGCUACUACUCAGACUCGGUAAAGCAUGCCAUCAUUGCGCUCGGCGUGGCUCACAGGGGAUUUCUUGAGAACCCAUACUUUGACGAACAACCUUCCGAAUCCGCCUUAGCGUUCAACGAUCUAGCCGUGAGGCACUACCGAAAGGCCGUCUCAGAGACGAUACAGAUCAUGGCUGAUCCAUCACCUGUCAACAUUCGAAUCACGCUCAUCUGCUGUCUAGUGUUUGUUUGUUACGAGAUUGUGCGAGGUCAAUACGACAAGGCUAUCCAGCACCUGAGGGCUGGGUCCAAAGUCCUCGAGUCACUCCACCAAGCAGCCAUACUCAAUCAACGCGACCCCUCAUCCCUGUCGGCCUACGACAGACAGCUGGCAGACACGGUAAAGAAACACUUUGACCAGUUGUGCGACAUCACAACCAUGUUCACAUGCGUCGGCAUGGACACCUCUAUGCUCAUUGAAGACGAGGUCGUCCCCGAUCUAUCUUACUUCACACAGCCAGAACCCGAAGACGAGCGCAACACGCCGUUCGAAAACGUAUCCGAAGCCCGGCAUCGGCUGCACUUUGUCGAGUUGACGUUCUCGGACGCCUUUGAAGACAGCUGGUUUUGCGAAUCCGAUAAUUGCUGGCACUCAGGCCCCUCGGCUUGCAUUACACCGGAGCCUCCGCAAGAGGUGCAGGACCAGCAAAAGGCAGCGUGGGAGGAGGCAACAAGGCUUUUCGACAUUUGGUGUUGCCGGUUCGAUUUGUUGCAGGAGAACCUACCGGAUGUACUGGAGCCGGCGGACCUGAACGAGCUCAAAGCCCUUCGCUUCUCUCGUAAAAGCUGGGAGAUUUUCAAUGCCCAAGAAGGGCCGUGUGCCAUGAAGAAUAGCAGUAUGGCCGAACUGCACGGGCUCGUUGAUAUGGCCGAGGAGGUUGUGGCCAGCAGGGAAGGACUUCCCAGGCCCAUGUUUGCUCUCGCGGCAGACAUUGUUCCCUCGCUUGCAUACAUCUGCGCCUUUUGCGACAAUGUUGACCUCGAACGGAGGAUCGUCGAUGUUCUCCGUGGCAUGAAGCGGAGAGAGGGAAUGUGGGACAGCCGGGAAUUGGCGAAUCUGUAUGAUCUCGUCAUCCAGGCCAAGACUGGCAACCAGUGGAAGGAGGAAUACAACUGGGAGACACUGCCCAGUCUUGCGAGAAUGAUGGCAAAUAUGUCUUUGUCUGGUUCGGGGGAUCGAGCAGGACCGCCGAGUCCCUUGGCUUUGCUUUGA